GUGUAUGAGGAGGCGGGCGUCAAGGGGACGCUGGGCCGGCUCCUGGGCGUCUUCGAGCAGAACCAGGACCCCAAGCACCGGACCUACGUGUACGUCCUGACCGUCACCGAGGUGCUGGAGGACUGGGAGGACUCGGUGAGCAUUGGCAGGAAGCGAGAGUGGUUCAAAAUCGAAGAUGCCAUCAAGGUCCUGCAGUGCCACAAGCCCGUGCAUGCCGAGUACCUGCAGAAACUAAAGCUGGGCGGUCCCCCCACCAACGGAAACUCCGUGCCCGGGAGCGACCGCUAGUAUGUACCGCUCCCG